AUGAAUGUGCGCGUUCGACUCGUGUUUACUGACGAAGUCGGACGUCAUGUGCAGCGACGCUAUGGAUUCUCAUCAUGUUGGUAUCUAGUUCCGCAUGACGCGAAGCUUGUCGGUGAUAUGUCAUAUGCGCUUCUGCGUGAGUUUGAAUUGCACAAGCGAUGCUCCAUGGGGCUGGAAAUGCGUCUGGAGGAAUUGCCGCUUUUGGCCACGCAAAGCAUCCGCAUCGUGCGAGAUAACGAUACGAUUACUGUUGAUUGUCCACUAAUAGGAGACAAAACCAAUAGAUUUUUGACAGAUUCUGAAAGCGAAGUUGAAAAACCGAGGAAAAGAAAGCGGAAACUUAGCAAGAUGGAGCUGAAGCAAUCUAUUAAGAAAAUGAGGGCACCAAAAGACAGAAAGAAGGUUGUCAAAAGUCGGUCGAAAGCAGAUACUGAAAGUUGUAGGAUAACUGCGCAAAAGCGUAUCGAAGUGCAGAGUUCCAGCUCUAGCUCGAGUUGCGACAGUAGUAGUAGUGAAUGCUCGAAUGAGACUUCGGAAAACAACGAAUCCGAAGAUAAAUUUCCUCCCCAAGUAUCUCGACCACCUAUAAAAGAUGUUAGCCUUGCCAAAGUUUUAAUGGGCUCAGAAAGCAAGGCAACCGCACCAGCACAGACAAAGAACAAAAGUCGAAGAAGACGACGACGAUUGAGACAACGAAACCGGAAACGACAGAAAAAAAGAACGGAGGUAAAUAACACGUCGCUGGUACAAUUACCUGCAAAAGAUAUUGCUUUACCACAGCAAGAUAGCGCUUCAAGCGUUACGAAGCGAGGAAACAUGGCAUCAUCGGUGGAUAUACAAAUUGGAGGUUCUACUGCUGGUCCCCGAGGCUAUCCCCGAGCAAAAAGUCAUGUACUUUUUGACGAAAUCACUGGAGAACAGACUUCUAUUGAGCAUGAUCCUGAAGUGGUAGAGUCCAAGACCGACAACUGGAUUGCUAAGAGACUACCAGCACCCGAAUUAGCAAAGUACGGUCCUGCAUCGUCAAGUUACCAACGAUAUAAAUCCCUGAGCCAAACCCAUCAGACAGCAUCUUCUUUCAGCCAAAUAGUCGAGAGCGAUGAAAUUUCUAAAGUCUCGUAUUCUGGAAAUGACCACAAGCGAAAUAGCAAGCAUGGAGAAAGGUGGAAGCGGUCUUACGAAAUCGUAGCAACUGUGCUUGAUGAGAAGACACAAGAUUCAAAUGAGAAUUAUACAAAGGCUUUGAAUCUGUCCAAUGCAUUGAUAAUUUUCCCUGCUGCAUCUGCCAACAUUUCACGCUUCGCAUUGAAGGACGUUAUUGCUUAUAAAACGCUCACGCUGUGUCUCGAAACAUGCCAGCCUGUGCUAAGUGAUUGGAAAUGCGGGCAGGUGCAGUCUACAAAUGCAACGUGUACUAUACUCGAGUUGUCAAGUUGGGACCUUAAAGUUAAAGACGAAUCCGUGACUUUCCAAAAAUCUCCUGACAACGAAUUGUAUAGCGUGCAAGUCAGUGACAUCACAGAGCUGCGGUAUUUGAGCGGGCCCAGUUAUACAGCUUUGCACACUGUAUCAUAA